CGUGCGUAUAGUCGAUUACGCCAAGUCGUCCGGGUCAAUAUGAGGAGCGUAUCUCCGAAGAGACUGCCUCCGCUGCCCACCAUAGCGGACAUCAUACGACUCUACGGACUGAGAGCCAGGUCUCAGCUCAGUCAGAACUUUCUCCUCGACCUCAAUGUCACUGACAAAGUGGUGGGUGUGGCAGGGGAUGUGAGGGGCUGCUGUGUGUGUGAGGUUGGUCCUGGGCCAGGGCACUCACUCGCUCCAUCCUCAACAGAGGAGCCAGCCACCUGGUGGUCCUUGAGAAAGACAGACGGUUCCUCCCCUCACUAGAAUUGGUACGAGAGGCCAGCGGUGGUAGAGUGGACGUCAUUCAUGGAGAUGCUCUGGAGGUGGAUAUGGAGACUGUCUGUCAGGAGUAUGUCAAGAAGAGAGACUGGGAAGAUGAUCCUCCAGAGUUCCACGUGAUAGGCAACCUCCCGUUCAAUGUCUCCAUCCCUCUCCUGUUGCAGUGGUUGGCAAUGAUCCCUGGCAGACGUGGUCCCUUCUCCUUCGGCAGGUCAAUACUCACCCUCACCUUCCAGAGAGAAGUCGCUGAGCGUAUUGUGGCUCCACCAGGACACACCCAGCGCAGUCGACUCUCCGUCAUGACCCAGAACCUCUGCCAUGUCCACUGGGGCUUCACCAUCCCUGGCUCCGUCUUCACUCCCGCACCCAAGGUGGAUGCAGUGGUGUUGAAGCUGGUCCCGAGACUCCGCCCACUGGUGAAGGUGGACCACCUCACCUUAGAGAGAGUUGUGAAGGCUCUCUUCACGUUCAGGAGGAAGUUCAUCAAAAGAGGAGCCAGUCUGCUGUUCCCGACUGAUCCUCACCUCCUCCCCCUCCUCUUCUCCCUGAGUGGAGUACCCCACACCCUCAGAGCCCAGGAGCUGACAAUGGAGCAGGUCGACCAACUCUCCUCCACCUAUCUACACCUCCUAGACAAACACUCCUCUCAAUAUGCCAUUUCGUCUUAGAUAAUCCACCCUUA